AUGGAAAUCCUCCUCAUUUCUGCUCUUCUGCUGCUUUUCCUCCAACAAGGGAGCAGCAGAGAGAAGUUCCCCGGAGCUGAGCACUAUGAAAUCGUUUAUCCACAGAAAUUGCACGCGGUGCACAGGAGAGGUGUAGGAACAAGCUCAGAGAGCAAAUACGAUGACAUAGUGAAGUACGGGAUCAAAGCCAACGGAGAGGAAGUGGUGCUGAAACUCCAAAAAAAUCGGGAUCUCCUGGCUGGGGAUUAUUCUGAAACUCUUUAUUCUGCUGGCGGCCGACAAAUAACAACAACUCCUCACAUCAAGGAUCACUGUUACUAUGGAGGCCACGUGGAGGGUGAUGCUGAGUCUGUGGCGAGCAUCAGCACCUGCACAGGGCUCAGUGGCUACUUUGAGACCCGCGGUCAGAAGUUCCUGAUUGAGCCCCUGGGAGCCUCGGGCAGGGCUGAGCACGUGGUUUAUAAAUACGAGGCCCUGAAACAAGAACCCAUCAAAACCUGUGGGCUGGUCAACAACUCCUGGGAACAGGACUCCAGGGACCCCAUCAACGACAUCUUCAAAUCCAGCAACAGCCCAGAGAUGAAAGCCUACCUGAAGGCAAGGAAGUACCUGGAGCUCUACAUCGUUGCAGACAAUGCUUUGUACAAGAAAUAUGAUGAAGAUGUUAAAAAAAUAAGACAAAGGAUAUUUGGAAUAGUCAACUACAUCAACACGGUGUAUAAAUCCAUCAACACCCACGUGGCCCUGGUUGGCCUGGAGGUGUGGACAGAUGGGAACAAGUGUCCCCUGAGCAGGAGCGCGGGGUCCACCCUGGACAACUUCUCCAGAUGGCGCCGGACGGAGCUGCUGACGAGGAAGAGGAACGACAACGCUCAGCUCAUCACAGGUCUGGACUUCGAGGGAACCACCAUUGGAUUGGCCUUCCUCAAAUCCAUAUGCAGUGAUUUAUACUCUGCAGGUAUUAUUCAGGACCACAACAGGAACGAGAUUGCAGUGGCAGCCACCAUGGCCCACGAGAUGGGGCACAACCUGGGCAUGAGCCACGACACCGAGGUCUGCUCGUGCAGCGACGACGUUUGCAUCAUGACAGACACUGUCAGCUCCAGGAUUCCCAAGGAGUUCAGCUCCUGCAGCCUGCAGAGCUUUGAGACGUUCAUGCUGGCCGACAUGCCCAGGUGCCUGACCAACAUCCCAGAGCUGAGCAGCAUCAUUGCCCCUCCGUCCUGCGGGAACGGGUUCGUGGAGAAGGGAGAGGAAUGUGACUGUGGCACUCCCGAGGAGUGCACGAACGAGUGCUGUGACCCUGAGAGCUGCAAGCUGAGCUCGGGAGCUGCCUGUGCACACGGGGAGUGCUGUGAGAACUGCCAGUACAAGAAGCCGGGCUCGGUGUGCCGGGCGGUGAAAGACGACUGUGACCUGGCUGAGAUGUGCACAGGGAGCUCCCCCAGCUGCCCUGAGGAUCGAUUCCGGGUCAAUGGGCACCCCUGCAACUUUGGAGAGGGAUAUUGCUACAUGGGCACCUGUCCCACCCGUGACAGCCAGUGCAAAGCUGCCUUCGGGCCACAGGCCACAGAGGGCCCAGCCUCCUGUUACCACAUGAACGAGAGGGGGACAUAUUUUGGAUACUGCAGGAAGGAGCAGGGGACUCACCUCCCGUGCAAGAAAAAAGACAAAAUGUGUGGAAAACUCUACUGCUCUGGAGGGAGGGAGAUGCCUCGGGAUGGGAGCCUGCUGACCUUCCGCUCCUGCAAAGGCAGCUUCCCCAGGGCUGGGGAGGAGGACCCGGGGAUGAUCCUGGAUGGAACCAAAUGUGGGAAUGGCAUGGUGUGCAGCCACGGGGAGUGUGUCCAUGCUGAGGAGGUCUUCAGAUCCACCAACUGCUCUGCCAAGUGCUCUGGCCAUGCUGUGUGUGACCACAAGAUGCAGUGCCAGUGUGAGGAGGGGUGGGCACCCCCAAACUGCGACAGCUCCUCAGCCCUCACCAGCAUUGCUGUGGCUGCUGGGGUGCUGGCUGUCCUGGCUGUCACUGCAGCUGCAGCCGUGCUGCUCACCCGCUUCCGAGGCUUCCACAAGAGCCACCAGACCGGGAGGGGACCCGGAGCCACCAACCAGGUCUUUGUGGAUCAGGAGCAGAGCUGCAGGGAACAGCCUGUGCUGGUGCCACCUGCCCCGAAGGUGAUCGAUAACAAAGUUCUUCCCGUGCCUCCCCCUCAGGAGAACAAACCCCAGCGGCAGAGUCCUGCCCUGAGGCCCAAAGGUCCUCCACCCCCCGUUCCUGUCACCAAACCUGGCUCUUCCCACCCCGAGAAGAAAUUUGCUCCAGAGAGAAAACCUCCUCCUGUGCCCGUUCCCAAAGGCAAACCCCCCCCUCCACCCCAGGCCUUGAAGCCCCCGAUGAACCCCAGAGUGUGA